CAAAAAAUACAAAUACAUCUCAACUUUACUAGAACUAAUAUACUAGCAUAUUUAUCUGGAAACAUUGAUGUAGAAAAUGAUAAAAUCAAUCAAUGGGAUCAAUUAUUCCGUUCGGUAGGUGCGACAUUUUUUCGAAUAAUAUAAAAUCAUUGUUCUGGAUGUCUAAUGUCACUGCGCCUAUUUGUUACAGUAAAGUUUCCUUUUAUAAUAUUAUCAAAUAUAAUAUCAGUACGAUAAUUUGGAAAGACAACAUCGUGGAAAACUAUCUCAAACAAAUUCCAAGAAAUACAGAACUGAAAACGUUUUUCGGACCAUCAGCAGAGGAAAUAGUCAAGGAUAUUAAUUUAGAAAAUAAGACAUGUCUUAUCACUGGCGCAAAUGGCAGUAUCGGGUUAGAGUUGACGCGUUGUUUGAGUUUACGUGAUUGCAACGUCCUCAUGGCCUGUCGAAACAUUUACAAAGCCACGCGAGAUACAAAAGAUUUCUGCGAGAAGAGUGAACGACUCUCUUUCUACGAUUUGAAUCUAGCUUCCCUGCUCUCUGUAAAAGAAUGUGCAAACCGUAUACGUCGAAAUGAAAAAAAAAUUGACAUCGUCAUUCUAAACGCAGCGACGUUCGGUAUACCGUGGUCCUUGACGGAGGAUACACUUGAAACCACGUUCCAAGUGAAUUGUCUGAGUCAGUAUUAUUUGUUACUCCUUCUGUCGACGACCCUCGCUCCCGAUGCGCGAGUUGUGUUCACGUCGGCCGAGUCUCAUAGAAACAUAAAAUGGCCGAAUGGAGAUAUGCCGAUUCCUAAUGUCGACGACCUGUCAUUACCUAAAUAUGAGUACACUUCCAUAAAAUCGUACAAUAUAUCGAAGCUUUGCGGCAUACUACUCGUGCACUAUUUGAGCGACCAUUGGAGUAGUACUGAGAGGUCUGUCUUCUGUGCGCACCCGGGCUCGUUUAUCAGAACCGGUCUAUGUCGCAACUGGUGGUUCUAUGAAAUGCUGUACUUUGCUAUGCUUCCGUUCACUAAGUCUAUUGUACAGGGUGCCAGUACGAUUAUUUAUUGUGCAACCUCUCCAGAACUCAAAGGGUCGACUGCGGCGUAUUUUAAGGACUGCAAACCCUGUGACGAGAGUGACCUCGCUAAAAACUUUUGUAUGUCGUAUAGAGUUCAUGAUUUAAUCAUUGAAAUAUUACGUGAACGUGUAACUGAUUUUGAUAAUAUACUGAGUGACUUUAAGUCUACGAGUAGUAAAACUGUGUAGAUAUUUAAAAUUUAAAAUUAAUUUAAAAUUUAAAAUUUGCAGCAAAUAAAUAAUUAAUAAUAAUUAGUUUUCAUUAUUAAAAAAUUUAAAAAUUUA